AUGGUGUCAACUGUCAAUUUUGACAUCGAUUGACUUUUUUUACUAUUACUACGCUUCAGCUUCACUUCACGCUAUUGUUUGCGCGAUUUUAUUAUUUAGGUUGAGGAAAGUGUUGAAUUUAGCAUAAUAAAUACAAAAUGGCAACCUCUACCAAGCCACGCUCAGAAAUGACUCUUGAAGAAUUAGCGAAGAUUGAGGAGGAAGAAUUUAGCACUGGCCCUCUAUCUGUUCUCACACAGUCGGUUAAAAACAACACACAGGUGUUGAUCAACUGCCGUAACAACAAGAAGUUGUUAGGGCGCGUCAAAGCUUUCGACCGGCAUUGCAACAUGGUUCUUGAAAAUGUUAAGGAAAUGUGGACUGAAGUCCCCAGGACAGGCAAAGGAAAAAAGGGUAAAGCUGUGAAUAAGGACAAAUUUAUCUCAAAAAUGUUCCUCCGCGGCGAUUCUGUUAUCUUGGUACUAAGGAACCCCCUCGCUACUGCUGCAGGGAAGUAGGUUGUCGCCAUUCCAGAUUAAUAGUUUUUAUCAGUACCAGUUUUCAUACCAGUUUUUACAGUUUACUAAUUAUUUUUAAGUUCAAUUGAAUGCAGAUUUUGUGAAAAUCUCGAUUUAAAAAUUCUUCAAAAAGUAUGUAAUUUAUGGAGGUUAUGUCAAAUACUAAAUUAAUUAGGGACCUAGCUGUAAUUUCUAUCUUAAUACAAUAAAUAAUUUCCAAAGUUUUUCCAUCA